AUGAGAUAAACACCAUUUUAAAGUGCUGGUCAACAAAGUUUCAAUAAUCCUGCAAUGCAAAUGGUAUCUCCACCAUCGUAACUGAAUUCUUUUAUGAACGAUUACGAUUAAUUAGUUAGGCCUGGUGAAACCACAAAUAGAAGACCAAGAUCAAGAGAGUUGGAUAUGAUGAAUUUGUUACUGAUUGGCAGUAUGAAUAAAGGAGAUAAAAGAAGCGGUCUGGAGGGUCUAGAUUAGUUUUUUGGUUCUACAAAUGCAACAUAAUAAUCAAUGACAACUACUAAUAGUCUAGCCAAUUUUGGUUAAUAGUUACUAGGGUAAAAUUUUGGGAUGAGUCCAUUCGAUCCGCUUAUGCCAAACUCUUAGCCAAGGGAUUAGAGAUCUAUGCCUAUAAUGCCUAUGCCUUAACAAUUUCCAAUGCAACAACCAUAAUUACCAAUGCAACAACCGUAAUUUCCAAUGCAACAACCGUAAUUCCCUAUGUAGUAGCCAUAAUUUCCUUUUCAAUAACCAUAACUCCCUUUUUAAUAAUAGUAAUUCCCUAUGCAAUAACAAUAAUUUCCUCUAUAGCAGCCACCACAACUUCCAUUCAAUUAAUAAUUUAAUUCGCCAAAUCAAUAGAUCAAAAAUUAAGAGAAGUUGCUUAUUAAUGGGCAGAUGGGUGUGACUGUGAAUCAAACCACUCAACAGCCUCCUGAAUUGCAGGAACAACCGAAGAAUAGGAUCAUCGAUUAUAUUGCGAGAUAAAAUGAAGUUCUGGAAAAAUUAACAAAAAACAUGGCAUCAUAGAGGGAGAAGGAGAGUCAGGAUGAGAAGCAGAAACUCUUGGAGAGAAUGAAGAAAUUGGAAGUUUAGAAUGCUUAAGAUGCCUUUUAUAAUGAUAUGUAUGAUGAAGUACCUCCUCACAUGAGAUAAGGUUAAUAAUUUAAACCUCCUCCAGGUUAUUAGUAUCAACCUUAUUUUUAAUAAUAGAAUUUAUAUUAACAAUAAUUUCCAACGAUGCCAUAUCCUGAAAAAUAAAAAUCAAAGUAGCAAACAUUGUAAAUGUUGAGGAUGUUAAAGCAACUUGUAAUAAAAACAAUUUAAAUUUAAGAAAAUAACAAAUCAGAGAAAGAAGAACAAAAAGAAUAAGAAAUAAUUAGAUUUGGAGGAAAUUAUUAAUGAUCAAGCAGAAGUGGAUUCUUUUACGAGUGAAGAAAGCGAUCCGGAGCCCAGAGUAGUAUAAAAGCCAAGAAUACUAAAACCAAGGCCAAUUCCACCGCCUCCUACUUACGAUCCAACAGAUGACAAAAUCUAAUUAAAAAAAUUGAUACAGUAUUCUUUUUAUUCUAAUAACAGAACUCGAGGAAAGAGGAAACUAUAUUUGUGCUUCAUUAUAUUAUUUUUCUAUGUUUGGAAGUACAGAGAAAUGAAGAAGAUAAUAAAAGCCAAGAAAGAUUUCGUUAAUAAGGAGGGACCUGAGAUUCUCCAAAAAUUCAUGGACGAUACUCAUAGUUUCUAUCUGAGGGUGUUGAAAACUGUUAUCGAAGAGAUUCUUCAACCUAAACUAAAUAUUUAGAUAGUUCCAAAACCAAAGUAAAAGAUUUCGCCCAAUCAAAUGAAUCAGAAUAUCAAAAAAUUAAAGGAGAUCCUAAAGAAAGUAUUUGAUGGUGUGACUGACAAUGCGAAUGAAACUGAUUUUACUGAGAAUAUGUUAGUUUACUUGAACAGCAUCACAUGUGAAUAUGCAUAUCUAAUGGACAGUUAACAUCUGAGAUUUGAAAUCAAUAGGUUGAAUUUCACAUAUCAUGGAUCGUUGAAAAAUAUGGAACAGAAGAAAUAAUUCAUGAUGAUUGUGGUAUCAAUGAUAGUGAAGGUCUUAUUAUAUAGGUUGCUAAGUAAACCACAAUUUGUACCUAAAAAUUUUAAUCUCACUGAUCCAGUAAGAAUCAAUAUAAAGACAAUAAACUCUGUUAUUUAUGAAAUCUUUUUAUUGUACAUAAGAGGAGCAACUGCUAUCUAACCAAAUAAUACAAAGGAUUUGCCUAUAGAAAAUAUGGUGAAAGAGAAAAAAGAUAUGUAUUACCUACUUGACAACUUUGAAGCAACAGAAGAGGAAAAAGCCAAAUUAGAGGAAGCAAAUUUGAAAGCCAAUUCCAAGGAUGAGAGGAUAGAUGAACCAAUGUUAUAUCCACUCUAUAGUGGCAGAGAGAUGGCAGCUUUGUAUUUAAAAUUAUUUAUCUGGAUAGUUUUGACGGAGAACGACAAUUUGUUACAAUGUUUCAAUAGAUGGUGGAGGGUUGGUGUGAGAAGGUUUGCAACAUUCUGCAGAAUUACAGAAAUGAGAAGGAGACCAAAAGGAAGGAGGAACUGAGAAAAAGGAGGGAGGCAAUCAACAACUCACUUGCGAUUAAGAGAGAUGCAGUGAAUAAAAAAAUUCAAUUCAAUAAACAAAGAGAUUAAUAGAUAUCAUAAGAGAUAGAGGAACUCAAGAUAAAGAUUGCUGAGAGCAGCGAAAAUGCAAAACGGGCUAAAGAAAGUUAUGAUUAAAUGCAAAGAUAAAGGGAGGAGAGACAUAACAAUAUGUUGUUGGGGCCGAGGAAUAUGGGUUAAUAAAUGCCUGACCAAUAAGAUGGCCAAUAUGGAUAACCAAUGAGAAGAUAGUUUUGA